CUCCUGAUAGCUCUCCUUUCUGCUGGCAUGCUUGUUUGAUACCCCUCUUUCUGUCUCUCGAGUCUCGAUGUCGAGCUCCAACAACCCCUCUGACGCGAACGCGCGCCAUAGUGCCCCACCACAACCAACACAACCAACACAACCACCUCAGUACUCAGAACAAGGUGCAGCAGACCCCCCAGAAUAUGCGCCUCACAACUCGUUACGGACACCUCCCGCACACCAGCGCGAUGCGUCACCUCCACCAGAGUCGAAGCCUGAGGCAUCGUUAUAUGCUGGCUCCUAUCGACCUUCUGAUGCUAUGCGACUCUCAGCUACAACUACAGCAGAAACACAUCAUGACCUGAGCCAUGUCGACGACCAGCACGCGACACCCACCGGCUUCCCUCCGCCAGCAUACAGCGAGGUUCCUGGCACGCUUCAGAGCGUCAAUGACGAGCUCGAUACGAACGCAACAGUCGCCGAUGACGGUCGAGUGAACAUUCGCAUCAACCAAAAGAGCCGGGCUCUAUCGCAGCUGAUCGUACCACAAAUCCAACGCCAGCUCACCCAAGUUCAAGAAGACCCAGAACCGCCUCCACCGUAUGUUCCAGAGUCCCUUGGUGGCGCUCCGGGACAGAGCCCACCUCCACCUCUAAACAUUGUCAUACAAGUUGUGGGUUCGAGAGGCGAUGUGCAACCAUUCGUUGCGUUGGGCAAGGUGCUGAAGGGCACAUAUGGUCACCGAGUACGACUAGCCACACACCCAACGUUUAAGGACUUUGUCGUUGAGAAUGGCUUGGAGUUCUUCAGCAUCGGCGGUGAUCCUGCCGAACUCAUGGCCUUCAUGGUCAAGAAUCCUGGGCUGAUGCCUGGCAUGAACACUCUCUGGAGUGGUGAUGUGGGCAAGCGAAGGAAGGGUAUUGCAGAGAUCUUGCGCGGGACGUGGAGAUCGUGUAUAGAGACCGGCAAUGGCCUGGGGAUAGAUCCGCUCAAGCAGACCGUGGAAGAGUGGAUGGACAUGGAGGAGCAUCUGCCUGAGCAGCUCAAGAAGCCGUUUGUGGCUGAUGCUAUCAUUGCAAAUCCUCCGGCUUUUGGUCAUGUUCAUUGUGCAGAGAAGCUGGGUAUACCACUACAUAUGAUGUUCACCAUGCCGUGGUCGCCUACACAACAGUUCCCUCACCCACUUGCAAACAUCCAAUCGUCAAACGCCGAUCCUACAAUCACAAACUAUAUGUCAUAUAUUAUGGUUGACUUGCUGACAUGGCAAGGACUGGGAGAUAUCAUUAACAGAUUUCGUAAGGAGAGUCUGUCAUUAGACCCCAUCAGCAUGAUAUGGGCACCAGCCAUGUUGGCUCGGAUGAAGGUUCCGUUCACAUACUGCUGGUCCCCUGCUUUGAUCCCAAAACCAACCGACUGGUCUCACCACAUCUCCAUCGCAGGUUUCUACUUCCUCGACUUGGCACAGAACUACACACCUGAACCCGCCCUCGCAGCUUUCCUCGACGCAGGAGAGCCGCCUGUCUACAUUGGCUUCGGUUCGAUCGUUGUCGAUGACCCAAAUGCCAUGACUAAGAUGAUCAUGGACGCAAUUAAGAUCACUGGGCGACGAGCGCUGGUGUCGAAGGGUUGGGGUGGCCUCGGAGCAGACGAGCUUGAAAUACCCGAAAGCGUGUUCAUGCUUGGGAACUGCCCUCACGACUGGUUGUUUCAGCGUGUCUCAGCUGUCGUACAUCAUGGUGGUGCUGGUACAACAGCCGCCGGUAUUGCUGCGGGAAGACCAACAGUCGUCGUUCCCUUCUUCGGCGACCAGCCUUUCUGGGGUGCCAUGGUAGCCAGGGCUGGCGCAGGUCCCGAUCCCGUUCCAUACAAAGACUUGACGGCUGAGAAGUUGGCUGAAUCGAUCAACAAAGCGCUAGAGCCUCAGUCGCUGGAGCGAGCGCAGGAGCUUUGCAACAAGAUCAAGCAAGAGAACGGAAGUCAAAGCGGAGCGCAGUCCUUCCAUCAGAUGCUAAACUACGACGAUCUGCGAUGUGGUGUGAUUCCCAAUCGGCCGGCUGUCUGGCGAGUGAAGCGAACACAGGUCAAGCUCAGUGCUAAGGCCGCAACUGUGCUUGCUCAAGAGGGCGAAAUUGAUUUUAAAGAGCUGAAGCUAGCCCGUGCCCGCGAGUAUCAUAUAGAUGAAGGCCCCUGGGAUCCGAUCUCUGGAGCAGCAAGCGCGCUGACCGGGACGGCGACAUCCAUGAUGAUGGGCGUUGCGGAUAUGCCUAUCCAGACUUUGAAGCUGCUUAACAUCCACCCUGAUACAAGGGCGGCAUCCAAGAAAGGCAAGGAGAAAGCACAGGGAUCUGAAGAUACGUCAACCACAGGAGAGUCAAGCCGCGCUGGCCGCCCAACGACUCCGAGAACGGCCACAGGCGCAGACUCAUUGAUGAGUGGCGAAAGCACCCUGCCCGCGAUCUUGUCUCCUGGACCUGGUGACAGUAAACCAGCCAUGUCUGGUGUUGUGACAAGUCCAGGCGCGCCUGGAUCCCCGUCACACAGGUCUACGUUCAUGGCCGAGGCGUUCUCGGCUUCUGCGCAGGGUUCACGAUCUCCGUCUCGUGAACGUGGUCGGCUUCUGUCCCCAGAUGCCUGUGGGCCUAAGCGGAAGAACUCUGCUUCCAGCUCAGGUGUGUCUCGUUCGGAGACUGGUUCGUCAUCGAAGUUCACAGAGAACCUGAAAAACAUGCAGGUCGACUCUGCCGUUGACACUGGCAAAGGCCUUGCACGUAUCGUUGGCGCGGGCUUCAAGUCUCCUAUGGACUUCUCACUCAAUGUCGCAAAAGGCUUCCACAACGUACCUAAGCUGUACGGUGGCGAGGUCAGGAAGGUUGACAAUGUGACUGACUUCAAGAGUGGACUUACAACAGCGGCCAAGCAAUUCGGAUUCGGCCUUUACGAUGGCAUCACUGGUAUCGUCACCGACCCCUACAAGGGCGCUAAGAAGGAAGGUAGCGUCGGCUUCGUCAAAGGCGUAGGCCGCGGUAUCUUCAGUGUACCGUUCCGUGUCAUGGGCGGCGCUUGGGCUGUUCCAGGCUACGCUAUGAAGGGUCUGUACCAAGAAAUGAUCAAGAGCAAGGGUAGCGGCAUGCAGGACUACAUCAUCGCUGCACGCAUCUCACAGGGCUACGACGAGUCCAUCACAAUCUCCGCUCAAGAGAGAGCGGACAUUGUCAGCAAGUGGAAGAUCGUCAAAGUCAACAUGAAGAGGAAGAAGAACCCAGGAGGGGAAACAAUGGACUCACUGCACUCACUCGUAUCCGAUAAGAGGAAGAGGAAGGAAGAUCGGUUGAACAGGGUCAAUCCGCACUUCAAGAAGCCGGAAGCCCGUCCAACACUCCCACCCGCCAUGAGCAACCACAGUAGCUACAGCCAAGCCAGCACCGAGCCUGCUUCUCGAUCAAACUCUAGCGCCCUUCCCGCCUGGAAGAUCCAAGAACAAGAACGCAUGUCCCGAGUAACAACCGCACAGUCCCAGCAAUCCCAGCAAUCGGCCAUAGACCUCGAAGCCCAACUCAUCGCCGAAGAAGAAGCCGAGCACCGCGAACUCGAAGCCGCCAUCGCCGCCUCCGUUGCCGAAAACUCCCACGGCAACGCAGAGGAAGACCAGCUCAUGGCACGCGCUAUCCGCGCUUCCGUUGCCGAGCUGGAGCGCGCGCCAGCUGAUGCUACUCAGCAGGACGAGGAAGAGGCGCUCAAGCGCGCAAUGCAGGCUAGCAUUGAAGAAGCUGGUCGUAGCGGCGCGACAGAGGAGGAGCAGAGGUUACUGGAGGAGACAUUGCGCAAGAGCCUUCUUGAUACGAGUAGACGCAGACAGCAUGGAAGUGAUUCGGAGUGGGAUAGUAGUGAUACGGAAGAUGAUGCAGAUUUCCAGCGCAUUAUGGCUGAGAGCAAGGACCUUGCUCAUCUUCAGCAGCAUUAUCCUCAGGACUACCAGAAGGCUACUGGUGGGCAGAAGAGCGGUGUUGCGGCUGCCACAAGUGGUCCGGUUGAUGCUAAUGCAGAGGAUGAAGAGUUGAGGAAGGCGCUAGAGGAGAGUGAGAAGGCGGAGAGGGAGAGGCAGGCAAAUGCGAGCAAGGAGAAGAGCGAGGAUGAGAUUGUUAUGGAGUACAUCAAGAAGCAGAGUCUGUUGGAAGAGGAACAUAGGCAGAGGAGACUGCAGGGGAGGGAUACUGCCGGCGAGAGCUCUGGCGCAGGGAGUGGUGCGCCUAGUGCCCUGUAGUCGACAGCAUGAAUGCUCUUGAUUUCUGUGAAAGGGACGAUAAUAGGCAAUGAUACCCUAAUGAGCACGAUGAAUUGAG